AUGGAGCACCAGAACCACGCUGGUAGCGGCGCAGAUGCUGAUGCUGGGGCGCUGCAAAACAUGGAACCAAACGGAGGCAUGCCCGUGUUUGACCAUCAGAUGCUGGGCCAGGCAAAUCCUGAGGCCGUGGCAGCUUUGAUGGCCGGCCAGCCAUUCAUCCCAGAUCCGAGCUUGGGCAGCGUCCCCAUGGCAGAUGAGGCAUUUAUGUUACCCAUGAUGAUGCCGAAUGGCCUGCCGAUACAACUGCCAACAAAUACAGUGUCUGCUGGUACGACAUCUUCUCCCUUCCCGUCCUUCCGUCUUAAUGCUUCUAUUGAAAACAACUGCCAAUCUACCAAGCACAAUAAACAUCAGCUAACAAAGGGAACAGAUGACAUCGCCCUGUAUGACAGACAGAUCCGACUCUGGGGUAUCGCUGCCCAGGAAAAGAUUCAAAACGCCCACAUCCUCCUCAUAACCAUGCGUGGCCUCGCCCACGAAAUCGCCAAGAACCUCGUCCUCGCAGGCGUCGGCUCCAUCACCCUGCUCGACGGCUCAUCCGUUACGGAGGCCGACCUAGGCUGCCAAUUCUUCCUCUCCGAAGGCGGCGAGAGCCUCGUCGGCCAGAACCGCGCCGAGGCAGCCAGUCACGCACUCCGCAAGCUCAACCCCCGAGUCCAGGUACACGUAGACCCCGAAAGCGUCACGGCAAAGGGCCCCAGCUACUUUGCUGCCUACGACGUUGUCAUCGCAACCGACCUGGACCCGGGCACAUUCAACAUCAUCAACACGGCCACGCGAAUCAACGGGCGGCCGUUCUACGCCGCCGGCACGCAUGGCAUGUACGGCUUCAUCUUCAGCGACCUCAUCGAGCACGACUACAUCAUCUCCCGCGAGGCCGGCAACGUCUCCACGACGCCCAAGCAGGAAUCGCGCACCCGCUCCAUCACCGACGUCAAGACCAAGCGGGACGGCGGAAAAACCAUCGAAUCCGUCAGCAAGCGCGAGCUCUACUCGACGUGGUUCCUCGCCAGCGACGUGGCCGUCCUCCCGCGCGAGUACACCUCCUCCAAGCGGCGCUUGAAAUCCGUCACGCCGGCGCUGUCCUGCCUCCGCGCCCUCUGGGAAUUCAAGCAGCUCCAGGGCAACCGCCUCCCGAGCAACAGGGAGGACCUGAAGCUCUUCACCCAGAUCGCCACCCAGAAGCACAAGGCGCUCAGCCUGCCCAGCGAGACGCUGCGGCCCGAGUUCCUGCGCAGCUUCCUCCAGAACCUGGGCAGCGAGAUCGCGCCCGUCACGGCCAUCCUCGGCGGCCAGCUGGCCCAGGACGUCAUCAACGUGCUCGGCCAGUCGCAGCAGCCCAUCCAGAACAUGGUCAUCCUCGACGGCAACACCAUGGAGGCCCCCAUGUACCCCCUCCACCCGGAGCUCGAGCUCGGCGCAAGCCUGCUAUCCGUGCCCAACGCCGAUGCCGCGUCCGCCGCCGCAAACCCCAUGGUGCCCGGGGACAUGCACAUGUUUGGCACGGGGGACGUUGCGUUUCCCGCUGCCGCCGUACCGAUGCCCAAUGCCGACGUGGCCGGGCCUGUGAUGGAUGGCAUGGGCGCCGUGAAUGCAGAAACGCAGCCUGUUGAUGCUGCGCAGGCAGCCCACACGCAGACCCUACAGACCCAAGGCGCGCCGGACAUGGAAAAGCAGACGACAAACGAAGCUCCCAAAGAAAACACCUCUGCAUAG